AGCACGUCACCAUAGAGAUUGGUCUAGCUCUCGGACGCUCGAAGCUAUUCGUGGUUGAAACCUUCUCCAACAGUACUAUUGUCCGACAUAGAGAAAGCUCGUGCGCCUAACUAUCCUAUGCUUUGCCAUUCUCUGAACGAAAACACACACGCAAGAACCAUCUGUUGGAUUCACGGAUACGAUGGGCUGUGGCUUCGCUGAACAGCCUAUGUUCACUGGGUGAACAUUGUUCGACUUUAGAAGCAUUUUCACCUAGAGGAAUGACCAGUUUCGAGGGCGGAGACUAGGAAACAACAACAUUGUGUUUUACAUCUCUUUUGGACGACAAGCUAACAUGGCUUGACGAAAUCAAUAGCUUAACUAUCGUUCAGCCCGUUUCGGAUUGUUAUGCUUUUGCGUGAAAGGCGCACACAACGAGGAACCAUGGAGCUUGCUUGCCAACUCCCUAAAAUGAAUAGGUGCUGAGGACUGUGCAGAACAAACCAAAUUCAUUCCAUCCUAUCCUGGCGAACCUCACUGCGCGCUGUCCUCAAAAUAUCUACGCAUGUGAGGCCAUUUGUCGUUAUCGGACAUUUAUGGAACAUUCACAAUAACAUUCUCCUGCAAAGAAAUCGUAACGUAGACCCAUGUGGUUACAGUAGCUUGUUGUAGCCUACAUUCCAGAAGCGGUUUAUUGUAGCCUGUAGCUUACAGCGAGCGUGUCGACAUUGGAAACUGGAAAGUCUAACUUAGUGUUCAGAUUUUCCUUUUGAGGACGAAAGAUUCGUAUCCAUACAAAGUUAUUCUUUAAGUCCGUGAUCGCGGAGGACGAACAAAAGGGAAACAUGAGGAAUACCGAGGAGACGGACGGCUUUGAUGGCGAGGCCUCCAAUACUUCCAUGAUCUCGGGUGCAAGUAGCCCGUACCAGCCGACUACAGAGCCCGUACACGCCAGAAAUGUACUGGGAGGCAUCAGGUGUGACAUAGAGUACCUGAGGUCGUACUUCGGCAUUUUAAAAAUCAUCGAAGUGGCCUUGGCGCUCAUCUCCUUCAUCUGCAUCGAGACCAUCAUGAUGUGCUCGCCGUGCGGAGGCAUCUACUUCUUUGAGUUCGUCAGCUGCAGUGCCUUCGUCGUCACCGGAGUCCUCCUCCUCAUCUUCAGCCUCAACCUGCACACCAAGGUCCCCCACAUCAACUGGAACCUGACGGACCUGGUCAACACAGUGGUCAGCACCUUCUUCUUUCUGCUGGCCUCCAUUGUCCUGGCGGCGGUCAACCAGUCUGGCGCUGGAGCAGAUGUCAAAAGUGUGGAGGGGAGUCGGAAAUCCGGAGCAGAAAUCGCUGCCGUGGUGUUUGGCUUCCUGGUGACGGGGGUGUACGCGUUCAACUGCUACCUGGCCGUGCGCCGCUGGAGGCGAGGGGACAGCCAGGCCGGUCAGCUGACCAGCGAGUACAUGCGCGCCCGCACCGCGUCCCGCGGAGAGGUGGAGGCUCGGCCCGAGCUGCAGUGACCGGUCGACGCCGCCCGCUCCCCCCCCCCCUCCACGGGAAGCCCUUUUCCCCUCAUUCCCAUCAUCCCUUUCUGCCAGAGCCUUCGGCCGGACUGGUUUGGCCUGGGUCGGCUCGGUUCGGUCCGGUUUGAUUCCGUUCGGUUCGGCUCAGCCAGGCACCACGAAGGCUUUUCACCCCACUGGUCUCAAAGACUGGAGCAGAGACUGGACCUCUGCUACACAAGAUGGAGGAUUGUUAUUACUAUUGUUUGCCAGGGUUUAGUCACAUGAGGGACAGUCACAAUGCUGUUUUGUGUGCUAUCCUGACACACACAAACACACACACACACACACGCACUCACACACACACACAACUAUUUGUAAAAUGCAUUUAAAUCACGAGACUGCCAAGAUUUUCAAUUCGAAGGGUGUGUGUGUGUGUGUGUGUGUGUGUGUGUGUGUGUGUGUGUGUGUGUGUGUGCAUUAUGUUUAUAUAUUCACCAGCAGACAAGAUAUUCAAGGAUCGCAAUGAGCAAAGGUCUCCUGAAGUUCCUCAUAAAGAUGAAGGACACACACUGUUGGACGUGCAACCUGUACUCUGAAGGAAACAUGAUGGUGUCUGGGACAUGUGUAUCUGAGCCAUACAAUACACCAUUUAGAAGCACUUUCUGUCAUCAGUAUCAACCAGUUCACACUUAGCCUGCUGAGAAGCACCUAUGCCUGAUGCAUGCAAGCACGGUGUGAAUUGUUCUGUAUCACACACACACACACACACUCAGAGAGAGACAUUGCCAAGCAGUGACUUCAUGUAUGUACAGUAGUUCUGUAUAAGGCUCCUACAUAGAAACUGUAGCUGGCAAGUUAAUGACAAUGUGACACGCUAUCUCAAACCUUCAUACAAGACCUUCAUGCAGAAAUGAAUGAGAUCAGAUUCCAGAUCAUGUAAAUACUUUAUAUCCAUUGCAGGUUUAAUGAGUGAAGUGAUGGAGACCAUGGACAUUUCAACCUUCAGCUGGUUAAUGAAUGCGUGGCACUAAAAUGUAGCAUUAUGUGGCCAGAUGGUAACGUGAAAUUUAAGAGCGGUCGGUACUGGAAUUGAGGUACGGUAAAGGAGAAGCUCUUAGACGUAAAAUAACAGAACCAUUAAAGGAGAAUUUCGGCGGAAAAAAAAAAUCGCCGGAUUUCUCCUUUGAGGUGGGAAUCUCAGGUGAACGGCCUCCAGCAAUGGCCGCCAGUUGAUGAAUGUUAAACCUGAACUGGCAAACACAAAGAAUGUGUUGAAUAAUGGUAUGAAAGACCUCACAUGUGUUAUUAAACAAGAAGUAGGAUAUGGUUAUGGUUACGGCCCCCUCGUUUGGGCUGUUUUUGAAACUUCCUCAAAUGAAAUUAAGCAGUGAGGACUGUUGUGUUGUUGUGCAGAGGGCUAUUUUUAGCAGCGGAGCCUGCAGAGAAUAAGUAGAAAGCUAAUGUGGAAAUAACUUUUGUGGUGAACCUCCAAGGGUUCGCCCGGACCUAUGCUAGCGCUCCAUUUUGUCCCAGUGUAGUGUUUUCAGGGAAAUGGAAGCAGAGGACACGGUAGAAGUAGAUUUGUACUUUGAUGAACUGUAUCAGGGUGCCCCUCUCAUGCUUUCCUAUCAUCUCUCUUUCUCCCUUUCUCUCUCUCACACACACACACAGACACAGACAAACACACACACAGGAUGUACUUCCUGUAACAUACCACGAGUAACAUAAGUUUUUUUUUUCCAGUGUGUGUGUGUGGACAUGUAGGUUUUGUACAUAGAACUACAAUGUACAUGCCAUAUCAGUAUGAAGGCAUUCAUGUAUUGACGUGUAUCUAACUUCCUUCGUUCAUGUGGACCAUGUGUUUUUUUUCCUUUACAGAAUUCAGAGUAUGACUCUCUACAUUGUUUCCUAAUUAUUCUGUGUCCUAAUGGUAUUUUGUAUAUUUUGAUCAGUUUGAAGGAUUGUUGUGUAUUCAAACACAUAUAUUUGUUUUGGUUUUGUGCGUGUGCAUUUCAAUCAGUUUUUCACAAGAAUGUUUUGUUUUUCAACCUUCUCUAUCAGUGUCGAGUUAUGAAGAACAGCUCCGCUUCACCAUGCACUAGCGUUUUUGUAUUGGCCUGUGCAUAUGAGCUAGUGUACUGGGGUCAUGCACCUUCCUAGAGUGCCUUGCAGUAGAUGAAAAAAAGAGCAGCCAGUUACACCUUCACACCACCUUAAAAUCGUCCUUAAAACUGUGUGUGUGUGUGUGUGUGUGUGUGUGUGUGUGUGUGUGUGUGUGCUGAAGUGAGUUCAUUUAGAAGGACCAAUCUGAGGAGUUUAGUGUUAUGAGAAGUCAUUCUUUACACAUGAAUGGAAAUUGAGAGACAAAUCGUUUCCUGGUAGCCUGGUGACUCCGGCCUGGAUCUGGCCGGGAUUCGGCUGACAUCAGCGCCACAUUUGCGCCAAAUCAGCGCCACGUCUAAAUCCAGUUCAGAAGUCCGCCUCUCUUUCUGUGUUCCAUAAUGUUAACUGUUUUUGCAACAUACUCCUCUGUCUUAAUGCUCUUCUACCGUGGAUGUGGAUUUUUAUUUCAAAUUUCAUGUGGGUGUUUUUUUUUUUCGUAAUUGAAUGGCAUCAGGAAUAUUUAGUUUGAAGGAAACAUGGUGAAGGGUGAACUGAUUUUUCUACAGAUAAUGUGUUUUGGGUGUGCUUACGGUUAUAGACAAUCACUAGUGUGUAUUUAUAUAAGUGUCUGAAGUGUAUAUCUUCGAAGAAGAAAAAAUGUGGUAGGCUAUGCUUUGACAUGUCAAUAGCAGAGCUCUCUUUUUUGGCCAAUGAUACUGUGCAAAAACUUUGACCAGCCUCUAAAAUCUGUCUAGCUUUAGUGUCAAGCACUUGAGUUAUGACUGAUUCUGGAUCAAUUUACAAGGUAGACUUUUUAACAGAAGGCUUCAGCAAACCAGAGCAAUGUGUAAAUAUGACCUUGUCUAGGAGUUUGUAUGUAAACAUUCUUGAAUCACACACUUAUAUCUCUAUUGAAGUCUAAUGAAUUACACCUGGAUUUGACUUUUUUUUUAACUGACAUUGUGAAAAUGGAUGUUAUGCAAACCAAGGACAAUAACUGAUCCAUGCUCCAUUUCUGCUCAAGUUUAUUUCUGUAUGCUUCUCUAGCGUACUGUUGUGUACUCUCUGACUUAGUACUCAAAUGUGUAUUUUUGUAUUUAUAGAAAUCUAUGUAGAUUUACCAAUGCUAAUUGUGGGGUUCACAUGGUUUGAGUCUGCUAACUUACAAUGAAAAUUAAAUGAUUCCAGACA